AUGGACGUCUUACAACGAUUAAUAGAUGUAACUUGUUUCCUGGGAGAGCAUGAACUAAGUUUUAGGGGUCACAAUGAAGCAAGUGGAUCCGCCAAUCGAGAAAGUUACAUGGACCUUUUAAGUUUUUUAGCAAAAUACGAUGAUACCCUAAAAAAUCAUUUUAUUGAUUCGACGACUUUCCGAGAAAAAAAUAAUCAACAAAAUGAAAAUGGCGAUUUUGCGAUUUCUGUAGGAACCUGCAGGAAUAAUGAUUUAGACUUGGUGAUUCAAGACUUAGACAAUUCACAGUAUUCGAAUAAUGAAAAUCAAAGUACAUCUGAUGCCACUGCUGGUGGUGUGAAGAGAAAAAGGGUGCGAGUAUCGGCGGUUUGGAAGUAUUUUAGAAAAUCUAGUGACAAAAAAUUUGCCAAAUGUAUCAAUUGUGGUCAGGAAUAUAAAAGCAGCGGAAAUACCUCGAAUCUUGCAGACCAUCUCAGAAGACAUCAUCCAUUAAUAAAAAAUAGAACACUCAAUGAAGAAACUGCUUCAAGCAGUGCUACUGGCUCUUCCAGUUUAGAGUCGACAUCAACAUCUUCCAGUGCUCGAUCUAAUAUUAGAUCUAUUAGCCCAUUUUUUAAAAGAGCAAUUCAAUAUGAGACAACCUCACAACGGAAGAUUCAAAUCGAUAAAGCAAUAUUGGAAAUUAUUGCGCUAGAUUUUCAACCAUUUACCAUUGUUAAAGAUAAAGGAUUUAAAAGACCAAUUAACUUACUAGAUCCAAGCAAUGUCGCAAUGGAAAUGUUUAAGAAGGAGCAAGGGAUUAAUGAUAGUACAACACACAAACAGUACAAGCUAAUACAAGAGGUACCAACUAGAUGGAAUAGUACCUACUACAUGGUCGAAAGAAUUCUAACUACCAGUGAAGCCCUUGGUAGGACCCUUUUGAAAAUUCGAAAAGCCCCUCAUCCAUUGUCUGUAGAUGAACUAUCUAUCCUAACUGACUCUGUAAAAGUAUUAAAAUGUUUUGAAGAGGCUACUAAAAAAAUUUCAGGAAGCACUUACACAACUAUUUCAUUAAUAAUUCCCCUCUCUUUUGGAAUUUAUAACUUUUUAACAACAGUAAUAACAGACCUAGAUACAGAGGAGGGAAAAAUAUUUUGCAGUGGUUUAAUUGAAUCAGUGAAAAAAAGACUAUUUCCAUAUGAAACUAGAUCUGUAACAAAAAUGGGAACAAUUAUUGAUACAAGAUUUAAAAAAGAGGUUUUUAGAAGCACAGAAAAUGCUGCAUCUGCAGCUGCAAUUCUUGAACAAGAAAUGCAAGCAAUUUACAGAAAAAACACCAUUGAAAGACAAAAUAGGGAUGUUGAACAAGAAUCUGUUUCACAAAACGUUAAAAAGUCGCCAUCUCUUUUUUCAUUCUUAGAAAAUAGAGUAACUGGAAAAAAUAAAAUAAGCGGUAAUGAGUUGGCACCAAUGAAAGAUAAAGAGAAAGAAAAAUUGGAACAUACAAUACCAUCAAAUGAUGUUUUACAGAUAUUAAUGGAAGACAUCCGAAGAACGGAAAACAGAAUGGAGAAGAAAGUGGAAGUAAAUAGCAAGAAAAUGGAGAAGAAAAUGAACGAAAACAGCAACAAAUUGGAGGAAAAAAAUUGA